CCCGUUUUUUCUUUUAUUUAAAAACCAAAAGAAAAUAAAAUAAAAAAACGUGAUUUUUCUUAUCUUAUCUUUUCUCAUCUUUUGAUCAUGCCCAAUACCGAUACUGGGGCAACUAGGUUGCAAGGUGUCAAAAUUGUAGAGCUCUACAAGAUUGUUUGGAGCAAAUAUGACAAACUUGCAUUGUUUUGCGGGUAAAGUGAACUUGGCGAUUCGUGUAGGAUUCAGUAUUGAUGAGACCAUAUUAACCGAUUCGCCUAUGGACUUACUAUAGCCUUAUCUUUUUGAGUUGGGCAAUCAAUUUUGAAAGCAACAUGUCCUAUUCUCUUACAGCAAAUGUCACUAGUCUUUUUCAAACAAAUAAUUUAAUCAGUAUUCUGUCCACCAUUUUAUACAUCUUACAAACAGCCUUAUACCCCAUCUAUUCCAAAUUGUCUGAUAUGUACGGCAGAGCUCAAUGCUAUACAAUUGCUCUUAUCCUUUAUAUGUGCUCUUAUAUUAUCAUGGCAUGUGCCAACAAUUAUGACUCUCUUGUUGGCGGUCAAAUUGUUUAUGCUUUCGGUUAUACUGGUGCUGCUAUUCUUGGUCCUAUCACCAUUGCUGAUUUGACAGACGUCGUUGACCGUGGUUUCAUUCAAGCACUUUAUAAUGUUCCUGGCCUCAUCAAUCUCUUUGUUGCUCCUCUUGCAGGUGAUGCUUUGUAUAGUAGUGGUCACUGGAGAUGGGGCUACGGCUGUAUCCCUUUGAUUCUUCUCGUUACUUCUGCUCCCCUCAUCUUUACCUUAUGGAAACUCUUCUUCCGUGUUAGAAAGUCAGAUGUGAUGAUCGACUAUAAAAAGGAAAUCAAACAGUUAAAUGCCCAAAACAAAAUGAGCUUUUUACAGAAAACUAUCUGGUUACUCGAAGAAAUCGAUAUCGUUGGCAGUCUUUUGUUGAUCGCUGGGCUUUGCUUGAUUCUACUUCCUCUUGUUCUUGCCAAUACCAUGUGGGGCGGCUGGUCAAGCGGCACCACGAUUGGCACUCUUGUUGCUGGUGUCGUUGCUUGGAUCCUCUUCGCUUUGUGGGAAUGGAAGUUUGCUAAAAAGCCCAUCAUUCCUCUUGCCCAUUGGGAUACGCGUACGCCUCUCUAUGGUGUAUGUGCUCUUUCCACUGUCACUAUCAUUUCUUCUACAAACUGGCAAUACUACACUACUUAUCUUAUGGUUUCCCGGAAAAUCUCUGUCUCCCGAGCCACCUGGCUUGAAAGAGGUUACAAUGUCGCUUACAUUAUUUGCGAAUUGAUUGUCGGUGUCCUUAUGAAGCGUUUCCGUGUUUGGAAGCCAUUCGUAUGGACGGGUGUCUGUCUCAUCAUCCUUGGUGUCGGUUUGAUGAUCCCUGCUCGUCUUCCAACCUCCUCCGACGCUUUUGUCGUUAUUUCUCAAACCAUAGUGGGUAUUGGCUCUGGUUUCUUGUACACUCCUAUGUUGGUUGCUAUCCAAAGCUCUGUGCCUCACGAUGAUAUGGCGGUGGCCACUGCUCUGAUGCAAAUUGGCGGUUCGAUCGCUGCCAGUAUCGGUUCUACAAUGAGUGGCUCCAUCUGGAACAAUAUGCUUCCUGCACAAAUGGCCAAAGACGUUCCUGGAGAAUAUGAUUACGCCAAAAUUGUCGGAAGCAUGGCUUAUGCUACCGCUCUUCCUGAAGAGCAAUACCAUGGUGUCGUGCAUGCUUACGGCCAUGUACAGAUGAUUCUCUCUAUUAUCUCCAUGUGUAUUGCUGUUCUCACUUUCUGUUUCACCAUUCCUAUGAAGUCCUUUGGUUUAGAAUCUGCCAAGCCUGGCGAACAAACGACCGUAGACAGUGAUGAUGAGAAGCAUGCCAAUGCUGAUUCCUUGACUGAAACUGACGAGAAGACAGAGACGGCUGACUACAAUAACGAUUCCAAAUACGAGACUGAUCUAGCGCACCAUAAUUAUGAUGAAAGGAAACAACUAUAAAUGAUAACACUCUUCCGCUCAUUGUAUUCGGCCUUAGUUAACUUUUAUUCUUAUUUUAUCUCCCUUGUAUUAUAUUACUAGAUUAUACCUAAUUACCUCUCCCUCCUUCGAACGAGUUGUUGUUC